GAGACCAAAUCUCAACUUAUGUACUGCCGCGCAAGUUACAAAAAGGGACCGUCUUCCUUGCAUACAGAAAGAAAAACCCUAAACCCUAAUUUUGUCUCUCUCUAAAAUCUGAAACACUUUCUGUGUAUCAAAACCAGUAUCACCAUGGCUGAACUCAAGCUCUCAGAGACCCGAGACCUAACCCGAAUUGAACGCAUAGGAGCGCACUCCCACAUCAGAGGGCUAGGGUUGGACUCAGCCCUGGAACCGCGAGCCGUCUCGGAAGGCAUGGUAGGCCAAACAUCGGCUCGCAAAGCUGCUGGGGUCAUCCUCCAAAUGAUAAAGGACGGAAAAAUCGCAGGUCGUGCCGUGCUUCUUGCAGGCCAACCGGGCACAGGGAAAACCGCAAUAGCAAUGGGUAUGGCGAAAUCCUUAGGUCAAGAAACUCCUUUCGCGAUGAUAUCCGGUAGCGAAAUCUUCUCCUUGGAAAUGUCAAAGACAGAGGCUUUGAUGCAGGCUUUUAGGAAAGCAAUUGGAGUGCGAAUUAAAGAAGAAACAGAGAUAGUUGAAGGUGAAGUUGUGGAAGUUCAAAUUGAUAGACCAGCUGUGGCUGGUGCUGCGUCCAAGACUGGGAAAUUGACAUUAAAGACUACGGAGAUGGAGACUAUUUAUGACUUGGGUGCCAAGAUGAUUGAGGCGUUAGGGAAGGAGAAAGUGCAGAGUGGGGAUGUGAUUGCAAUUGAUAAAGCUUCUGGAAAGAUUAGUAAGCUUGGAAGGUCUUUUUCACGGUCAAGGGAUUAUGAUGCUAUGGGUCCACAGGUUAAGUUUGUUCAGUGUCCUGAUGGUGAGUUGCAGAAGAGGAAAGAGGUUGUGCAUUGUGUUACUCUUCAUGAAAUUGAUGUCAUUAAUAGCAGAACACAGGGAUUUCUAGCUCUGUUCACUGGUGAUACUGGUGAAAUCCGUGCAGAAGUAAGGGAACAAAUUGACACAAAGGUGGCAGAAUGGAGAGAGGAAGGAAAAGCAGAGAUUGUGCCUGGUGUUCUCUUCAUCGAUGAGGUUCACAUGCUUGACAUUGAAUGCUUCUCUUUCCUGAAUCGUGCUCUUGAGAAUGAGAUGGCUCCAAUUUUAGUUGUUGCAACCAACAGAGGGAUCACUACAAUUCGAGGCACAAACUACAAAUCUCCACAUGGUAUUCCAAUAGAUCUCCUUGAUCGCCUGCUGAUCAUCACAACUCAGCCUUAUACAAAGGAUGAAAUCCGCAAGAUUGUGGACAUUAGAUGCCAAGAAGAAGAGGUGGAGAUGUCUGAAGAGGCCAAGUCUUUAUUGACGCAUAUUGGGGUAGAAACAUCCUUGAGAUAUGCCAUCCAUCUCAUUACUGCUGCUGCAUUGGCUUGCCAGAGGCGGAAGGGAAAGCUUGUAGAAAGUGAGGACGUUACUCGAGUUUACACUCUGUUUCUCGAUGUGAAAAGGUCAACACAAUACUUGAUGGAGUAUCAGAACCAGUACAUGUUUAAUGAAGCACCAGUAGUGGAUGCUAAUGAAGAUAACGCCAAUGCUAUGCUUUCUUGAAAGUAACUUGGACAUGGAGAUUUUUGUAGUUUCUUUGUUCCUAAUUUAAUGAUGAUAGGCAGCAGCAACAUGAUGAAUAUGUUACUGUGGUUUUGGGUUUCAUGUCAGCUCUGUGAUUCUAAUGUGCAUUAAUGAAUGUGAUCAUUUUCAUAUCAA